UUUUCCUUUUGUGAGAGUUGUUGGUGUUUCUUUAUUUUCUAUUUCCUGUUUAUGUGAAGAAGCCAAAACCUGUUUGGUUUUCUUUUGAGGCUAAAUUUAGCAAUGUGGUUGCUUAGGCAGAUAGUGGUGCUGUUACUUUUGAUAGAAUGGCUAUUUGGUGUUAAUGUUCUAACUGUGGCUGAUGGCCCUCCCCAAGUAUGGGGGAAUGAAUUUCAGCAAAAAGUGAAAAAUCUAAGCAAUGAAGGUGUCUGGAAUGUAGAGCAGAAUGUUUCUUCAGUGUCUCCGGUGUUGCUUUAUCAUAAGCAGGUUACAAGUAAUGUGGUUAGGGCUGCAGCUGAUGGGGAUUCUGUUGUUUCUGAGCUAGCUGAUGUGGAAUUGGUAGAUGUGUCCCUGAACAUCAUUGCAGCAGAUCAGAAUGUGAAAAAUGCUAAACUUGUGAGAUUAAUUAAUCGCAAUAAAAUUCAAGUAAUUUCUACAAAACUGGAUGUUCCAGUGGCUGGUGGUAAUGAAUUGCAUUAUGGAGCCAACUUUGAAGUGCCUGAAAUGCUUCAGGAUAGUGAAGAAUAUAAUAGUGAUCACAGUGCUGAUUGGUACAAAGAGGGUGUGGAGGAGCCAUCAUAUGAGCAUAGUGCAGAGUGGUAUGGUGAAGGGGAGGAGUUUCGAUAUGAUCACAGUGCUGAGGAGGAGUUUCGAUAUGAUCACAGUGCUGAGGGGUAUGGUGAGGCUGAGGAGGAGCUCCAGCCUGGUGAAGAAUCUCCAAGGUCUUACCAGGAAUAUAUGGAUUCAGUUAUGGUUGCUCCUCUUUCAAGCCCUUAUGUGAAGGGCAAUUCAGUGGGGGUGGACUACUCCUCUUUUCAGAAGAAUUCCCCAUACUGGGGUGAGCAGGGGCGUCUUCACUCUUCCGUGGGGUCUGUAAUGUCUGCUGACGACAGAUGUAGCAAAGUAGCUGUGGCUUCAUAUCCAAGAAACUGUGGUGAGGUGUCAAUGUCGGCCCAGUUUUAUGGAUCCAGUCAUGACCUGAAAGUGAGAUUACAUUCUUCCCUUGUGCAAGCAAGCAGUGUUGCUCACCAAUGCAAAUAUAAAGUGGUAGAGAGAAAAGGACUGUUCAUCUUUUCCACAUACUAUGAUGGCUGCAAUGUGAAGAAACUGAAUGGCUGUUACUACUUGACUCUUUCGUGGCAAAGCAAAAAUAUCUCCCUAGCCUGCCCUCCAAAGCCUAUUGGUUCAGAACUUCUGCCGGCUGUUUUCUGCAGCAAGACCAGCAUGACCGUUGGGAUUGAUUCAGGGUCUCUUGACAGACUGAAAGUGAAAGACUCCCACUUCUGGGUCCCAGUCUCCAAGAUUGCUCGGGAAUGCAAGUAUGAAGUUUUGACCGAUUCCUUUGGAAAAAUUUUCUUUACAGCCUCAUAUAAGGGAUGCCAUGUUAAAAAGGAAGGAAACUAUUAUGUCCUGGCAGUGCAAUAUGCUGCAGCCAAUGGCAAGGAAAGCUCUUUCCUUAUGAAGUGUCAGACAAAAAGUGGAGAGCAAGUUUCUACUUUCCCAUUUGUGACUGCACCACCAGAACCUGGUCCAAAGGUAUCCUGCCAUGCUUCCACAAUGGAUGUGGUUCUGCCAGAUGCCGCACCAGAUCAGGUUAAAGUAAGAGAUGAAACCCACCAUGAAGUGUCUGUGCAGCAGCUGGCUAAAAAGUGCCAAUACACUUUAGUCAAGAGAGGUCACCAUCUCGUGUUCACUGCCAACUAUAAGUCCUGUUAUGUGAGCAUGAAGGAUAAUAAUUACAUCUUAACUGUAGUGUAUAUGCCAAGAGCUGCACAUCCAUUAGUCAUCCACAUGAAAUGCCCAGUUUUCGGGCCUCCUACAUCUGUCACUCCAAUCACCUUGCCUAAUAAGCCUGGGCCAGUUUGCAGAGUUACUGGCAUGAGUGUGGCGCUACCUUUUGGCUCCCCAGAUCAGGUCAAAGUUCUAGAUAAAAACCAGCAUCCAGUAUUGGUCAACAAGGCUCCCAAAAGUUGUGGCUAUAUCUUGCUGAAGAGACUGCAUGAUGUCCUCUUUGAAGCACCUUACAAGGCAUGCCAUGUCCAGCUUAAGAAUAACUACUACACACUGACUGUCCUCUACAAGCCUGCUGUUGGUGCCCAAAUUGUGGUGAACAUGAAAUGUCCAUUGAGAUGGCAUCCAACAUUCUUGCCUACUACACCUACAAAGCCUAUUACUCCCAGGUUACCUCUUGUGACUUGUGGAGCAUCCAGCAUGUCUACUGAGCUACCCGAGGGUUUGUUGGAUCAAGUGAAGUUACUGGGUAAAUUAGGCAAAGUGGUGGUAGUAAGCAAAGCUCCUAAACAGUGUAGCUACCAGUUAAUUAAAGGAAAGGGGAAAAUCACUUUCUCUGCAUCCUACGAAGCAUGUGAUGUCAGAGUUGAGGGUCUUCAUUACAUACUGACGCUGAUCUAUAAACCAGCUUCUGGGAAGCAAAUGACUGUGUACAUGAGAUGCCCAAUCAAAGAAACAACUCCUACCACCACAACAAAGCCUUUGCUCAAAGUAGACUGUUACCCUUCAAGCAUGUCCGUGGUUUUGCCUGAUGUGUCUCCAAAUGAUGUCCAAGUAGUUGAUGAAAGAAAUAGAUAUGUAAAAGUGAUGUCUGCUCCCAAAACCUGUGGUUAUGUUUUGGCAAAGAAGGUGAAGCUGUUGGUCUUCACCACCACUUACAAAGGCUGUCAUGUUGCAGUUAAGGCAAGGCACUAUGUACUUGAAGUGCUAUACAAAUCAUUUGAUGGGAAGACUCUAGCUUUGACCAUGGAAUGCCCAGUCUCUAAGAUACCUACCCCUCCUAUGACUACAUUACCAACACACCCUCCCCCUAUGGUGUCCUGUACAUCUUCCAACAUGAGUGUAGUGCUCCCUGUUGGCUCCCCAGAACAUGUGAAAAUCCUGGGGCUACACCUUGAUGAGGUUUUGCUAAGUUCUGUUCACAAAGAAUGUGGCUAUAAAGUCAUAAAAUCGAAGGGGAAGAUCGCCUUGACAGUUUUGUAUAGUUCUUGCAAUGUCCACAAAGAGGGCAACUUCUUUGUGCUGAAUAUUCGUUACUAUCCUUCGGCUGGCUUUCCAGUAGCGCUGCAGAUGAAAUGCCCAGAUAGCCAUCUGGAUCCAACACUACCAACAAUGCCUUCUCCUGUUGUCUCAAGUGAUCAUAUAAUUUCCUGUAAAAGAACAAGCAUGAUGGUGGAGUUCCCUUAUGGAAAGCUAGAGGAUAUCCAGCUGAUAGAUAAAACUGGAAAACUAGUGGCUGUUCAGCUGGCUCCCAAAAGAUGUGGUUACAGAUUGCUACAAGCAGGAGGGAUUUUCUUGUCUAUCCCCUAUUCUGCCUGUGAUGUGCAAUUGUUGGGCAACCACUAUGUUCUCCUGGUGGUUUACAAGUCAGCCAGGGGAGGGCAAAAGCAGAUUGAAGUGAGGUGCCCAGUUAGAGAGCCAUCGCAUCUUGGUAACGGGGUGUCAUGCCAGGAAGAUUGCAUGAGUAUUGAUCUCCCAGCUGGACCCGCAGAGCAAGUGCAAGUAGUGGAUCAAUACCACAAUCCUGUGAGUGUGAAGCAGUUUCCCCGUUGUGGUUACAAUCUGUCUUCCGAGGUGGGGAAGCUCCAUUUUUCUGCCUCAUACAAGGCUUGUCAUGUGAAAAUUCAGAAUGGCAACUAUAUUCUGACUGUCCUCUACACCACCUCUACUGGAAGACAUGAAGUACAGAUGACCUGUCCCAUCCGUGAUCUAGUCUUUCAUCAGGGAUGCACAUUGCCUAGGAAGAAGCAAGUGCAAUGUGGUCCAGUUGGCAUUUCCCCAAGCAUUUGUCGCUUGAAAGGUUGCUGUGUGGAUGCUAAAACCUCCCACUGUUUCUAUCCUAUGGACACUUGCACAGCAGAUGGACACUUUGUGUUUGCUGUUUAUCGAACCUCUUCCAAACCAGAAGUUGAUCCAGGUAGUCUGUAUGUUUCUAGUAACUCUUCGUGUGCUCCUGUGGUGUGCACACCUGACUUUGCCAUUUUCAAGUUUCCCCUGACUGGCUGUGGAACUCACAAAUUUGUAAUCGGUCAAACUUCAAUCUACUUGGCUGAUGUAUUUGGACAAUUUGCGAAGAACCGCCAGAUGUAUGGCCAAAUUCUGAGACAUGCUCCUUAUCGAUACCAAGUGGAAUGCCGCUAUUCAAAAGGGUCUACUGCCAGUGCUGGUUACAUGGUGGUGAACACUCCAACUGUACCAUCCAUUGUCUCCUCUGAAACUAUGGGAGUAGUCCUAAGAAUUGCGAAAGAUGACAGCUAUACAACUUUCUUCCCGGAGACUCAAGUUCCCCUCAGACUUUUGUUGGGAAGCCAGAUCUACCUGGAUGUCACAAUAUCGCAUCCUCCUAGUCCAGAUGUGGUUCUGUUGGUUCACUACUGCAUUGCAUAUCCCAGAUCUUCAGAGAAUGUCUGGGUGCUGAUGUACAAUGGCUGUCCAAAUCCUCUGGAUUAUGGUACUGCCCUUCAUCUCAAGGACCAUGACCAGCAGAAUGUGCCAAAGCAUUCUCGACGCUUUGCUAUAACUACCUUCCAGUUUUUGGAUGCCAAAAAAGAGAAUCUUUUGGAUGAGGAGAUCUACUUCAUGUGUUCAACAGAAGUUUGUUCACCUGAACACCAAAGAUGUAUUGAAGGCUGCUUUGACGGGAGACCAAUAUCAUCUGCUUCUCCUUCAAACUGGGGAAAACUUUGUGCUGGAAAAUCUUGUUCCAAGCGGCCUCAUCCUGUGAAAAGGGCAGUAGCAGACGGCGUGCACCUUCUCUUCCUGAGAGAUGACCCCUACCAGCAAACGGAAAACUGGACUACAACUUUUCCCUUGGCUGCAGUAGGGCUGCUGAUGUCUAUAAUAUUUCUUUGCCUUGGAAAAUUGGCUUGUGUCAAAUAUGUUCAAGAGAAGUGACAAAUAAAAUUUAUACUAAAAUCUACUUGUGGAGAAAAGUAAUGGGCUUUAGGUUUCAAAAGUACUGGUGCUGUAAAAUUUACUGAAGUGAAGGUACUGGGAGGAAACAAAUUUUAAAAUAAAAUUGCAUGGGAGCAGAGUUCCUUGGUAGAAAAUGGCUCCAGUGCCAAACUGCACAUCAUCUAGGCUUCUCAUGCACUCAGUGCAACAAUAGACUUGUCUGUGGUACAGCUCCUAUAGUGUAAAACGCCUCUGCAUUUGUCACUUCAGCCACAGACAAACCUAACCUGCCUGUAAGAUACCAUUGUGGGGAGGCUGACUUUGUCAUGUUUGUCUAUUUUUUUUUUA